AUGCCUGCAUACCACUCUGCUUUCAAUGAGUUCCCUGAUGCAAUGCAAGCUGGCAACAUGUCCAUCUUGCCAAUCAGAACCAAAAUCCGUGGCCCCGCUCCCCUUGCCGAUCCAGAGCAAGGAGAUAUAGUAGACGAGACUCUUGACCUCUUUCGGGCCAAUUCACUCUUCCGCAACUUUGAGAUCAAGGGGCCUGCGGACCGACUGUUAAUCAUCCUGAUUCUCUAUAUCUCAGAUUGCUUGGCGAAGAUCGGUUCUGCUCGCACAGUCCCAACACAGAUUGAAGCAUCAAAGAUGUUGAAUACAUUAUCAGUAGACAAUUUCGCUAUCCCAGGCGAUGCUGGAUUCCCUCUCAACGCCCAUUAUGCCCCACCUCAGAGCAGAGCAGAUGCAGAGUAUCUGCGGACGUACUUGACGCAGGUCCGCCAGGAGCUGGCAGCUCGUUUGGUGGAACGCCUGUACGCUGACGGGACGGGCAAGCCAAGCAAGUGGUGGAUGGCAUUCCAGAAAAGAAGGUUCAUGAAUCGCAGCCUGGGCUCGUAA